UCCGCCGCGUAAUUGAGCUCAGAAGAGAGCAGCGCUGCUCGGAGGCUGUGCUGCGACUGCGGCGCUCCCGCCUCACUGCGGCGCCGGAUUGCGUUCACACGGAUCCCCCGGCAGCUUCUGAGAGGAGUGGAUUGUGCCCGGCUCGGGGAAGACGGGACUGCAGGCGCCGCCUAGACGGAGCCGAGAUCGCCGCCCUUGCAGAAAGCUUUUUGAUUCGCGAUCUGGGAUUUUUUUUGUUGCCUGCUGGAUUUCUGGGAGUCCGUUUCGACUUCGGGAGGAAAUUGCUACGUCUCCAACCCCUGCUGGGAAGGCAGAUCGGAGGAGAGCUUGGCGGGCUGGAUCCUGCGCUUGGGCUUGGCUGCUGCUCGCCUGGAGGCCAUCGUUAUUGUUAUUGCUGUUGUUUUUUGAACCCGUCUCUGUGAAUUGACUGAACUCAGCCGGAGGAUUCGGAGCCAGAUCGCCGGGCUUUUGGGGUCGCGCGCCCGCGCCUUAGAAGAUGUUACUCUCCAAGUUCGGCUCCCUGGCUCACCUUUGCAACCCGACCAGCAUGGAUCACCUGCCGGUGAAGAUCCUCCAGCCAGUGAAAGCGGAGAAGGAACCGUUCGAUAAGAUCUAUCAAGUGGGCUCCGUGCUCGGCAGCGGCGGCUUCGGCACGGUCUAUGCCGGGAACAGGAUCGCGGACGGCUUGCCGGUUGCUGUAAAGCAUGUGGUCAAGGAAAGAGUCACGGAAUGGGGCUCGAUUGGUGGAGUAAUGGUGCCCUUGGAGAUAGUCCUGUUGAAGAAAGUGGGCUCUGGCUUCCGAGGGGUCAUCAAGCUGUUGGAUUGGUACGAGAGACCCGAUGGCUACCUGAUCAUCAUGGAGCGGCCAGACCUGGUGAAAGAUCUCUUUGACUUCAUCACCGAGAAGGGGGCCCUGGACGAGGAGACGGCGCGGGGCUUUUUCCGCCAAGUCUUAGAGGCGGUGCGCCAUUGCUACAGCUGCGGAGUGGUGCACAGGGACAUCAAAGAUGAGAACCUCCUGGUAGAUCUUCGGACAGGAGAGCUGAAGCUGAUCGAUUUUGGCUCCGGAGCCAUCCUCAAGGACACCGUCUACACCGAUUUUGAUGGAACACGCGUGUACAGCCCUCCCGAAUGGAUCCGCUACCACAGAUACCACGGAAGGUCAGCGACCGUGUGGUCCUUGGGUGUGCUCUUGUAUGACAUGGUCUGUGGGGACAUCCCUUUUGAACAAGAUGAGGAGAUCUUGAGGGGACGGUUAUACUUCCGAAGAAGAAUUUCACCCGAAUGCCAACAACUGAUCAAAUGGUGCCUUUCCCUGAGGCCUUCGGACCGACCGACACUGGAGCAGAUUUUCGACCACCCGUGGAUGCACAAAUCAGAAAUUGUGAAGUCAGAAGACUGUGACAUAAGGCUACGGACCAUUGACACUGACGUGUCUAGCACAAGUUCGAGUAAUGAGAGCCUGUGAAAUAUUAAGGACCGUUCAACAGGAGGGGAGCUACGAGCAGGAAAAAAAAAAUUACAAGACCACAGUGCUGCUGCUGCCAAUAUGUAGGAGGGGCUAGGAAAAGAAAUGCAUUAAUUAUUCUGUAAUUUGCAUCUUUGUCUGAGGGACUUGAUUUAUUUCUUAUUUCCCCCUUUUUCGCUGGUUUCUGCUUUGGAAUGAGAGAUUUCCUUUGGAAACGCUGAUGUUUGGGAGCUUGCAGGCCAGUACUUAGUCAAAGACUGACCUCUUCUUCUUCUUCUUUUUUUUUAGAUUUAGACAGAGCAAUGAUCUCUUUAACACGGUUUGCUCUCAUAGAGCCUGGACUACAUUUUUAUUUGCUUUUUUGAGUGCCUUUUUGAAAGCUGCUUCAGUGGGACUUUCUUUUUUUGAGCUGUGUAUGUCCAAAGAAGAUCCAGGGCAUGAUAGGAUGGUGUGCGUGUGGUUGUGCUCCCUUUCCACACGAAAGGUGCCAGGGUGAGGGGGCGCUUCCUAUGAUGUCCUGGAGAACGUGUCAGUGAUUGAAUGAAGUAGUCCCAUCCACUGGUGAUGGAAUACUUGAACAUAGACAUUUCAGCCCUUCCUGGUUCCUCCCCAGCCCUCCCCCCCCCCAACCACCUCUGCUGCUCCACACGUAUUUCCAAUAGGCUGCACAGGUUUUAUCAGGAACACAACUCAUAUUUCCUUUCAUCAUCUCUGCCACUGGGCUCAGACAGCCCAUUUCUCAACUCCCUCCCAACCUGUAAGUCUUAAAAGUAUGUAUGGGCACAAUCAAUGCAAUAUCCAAGGACUUCGUGUGUGUGUGUUUUCCAUACCUGUAUAAUGUGUUUAUGUAAAUUCUGUUUUUUCCCUCCCCUCACCCAGGUAUUAUAUGGUUUUAUUUAUUGCCUGAAGUUUAGAAGAUCUCUCACAGUCCAUCUGUGGCUAUUUAUUUUGGCUAAUUUAUUUGGUUAGAAUUAUUCAAACACUGCUUUUUUUCUCUCUUGUCUCUUAAGCCUGUCAAUGGGAAUUGUGAUGGUUGGUCCACAUUUUUUGUUUGUAUUCCUAUCUGUUUCUUUAUUUUUGUUGGGUUAAAAAGAAAAAAAAAGUCUGACCAUACCUGUUUUUUUUAUUGCAUUUUUGGUUGGAAGAUGGAAAAUUGUUGUACAAAGUCUAAUUUAAGGGAACUAGAAUGACUUUAAAAGUUAGUUCAGUAUGCCUUUUUUGUCUGGUAUUAUUUACAUACCAGAACUGUAAAGUAAUGCUAUUUGGAAGGGUUUUAAAUUAUUGACACUGUACAGUCUGUGCAUUGGCUCUGGAAGGAAGAGGGGACAGAGUCAUAAACCUUAAUUUAUUUUAAUAGCUGUGUGUUAUGUGAUCUGGUUGCAUUUAUGCAGCUUGGAUUUUGGAAUUUUUUUUCCUUCUGUUUAACAGUGUGAAAUGUAUGGAGAUCAUAUUUUUUAUACAGGUAUUUCAAUUAAACUUUUUUGUAGUUAA